GUCAUCUCACUCUUGUUACCUACUCUUUAGUUUGUUUUGAUAGUUAAUUCUCUCUUCAAGGACAAUUUGAAUCUUUUCUGUUUUCAUGUUUUCUUAAUUUGUUUAAAAAAUGUUCUCCUAACUAAAUACUCAUGUUUAUAACCAUUUUCGUAACCAUAAAUGUUUUACUAAAGUCAUUGAGGUAAAAAUUCACUGACAAACAUUGUGAUGAAUAUUGUUAAGCAACCAGCAAUCAAAAAUGAGACCCAAACCAUAAGACCCUUAUCUGUUGAUGAGGUUUGUGCCCUGGAAAAGUGUUCUCCACCAUUAUUGACGAUUGGUAAUCGAAUUGUUUGGUUAUCUGACAAUGGACCUGAAUUUGGAUACAUCAAAUGGUUGGGUAAAUUACCAGAUGUUGGACCAGAUUGGAUGGCUGGUGUCCAUUUUGAUAACCCAGUUGGCUCUGGAACUGGUAUCUACAACGAUUACCAGUUAUUUGAUGCUCCUGUUUACCAUGCAUCUUUGGUACCAGUCAUCGGUUUGUUAAGGGCAGAGGAUUUUACCGGUGACCCGCCACCUUCAUCAGCAUUAUCAUCUUCACUUGUGGCUGCUGUUAUUACUAACAAUAUUGGUAAUGAAAAUUCAUCCUCGUCAUCUAACAGAAACAAUACGAUUUCUGAUCGAAGUAAACAAUAUGAUGCUUCAAGAAUAACUUGUGAUAUUCCUCCUUUAUCAACCCAUGAUGAUCUGAAAUAUCUUUGUGGUAAAGCUCGUGGAAUCCAGGGUCAUCAUAAUUCAUGUUAUUUAGAUGCAACCUUGUUUGCCAUGUUUUCCUAUACAACAAUAUUUGAAUCUCUUCUUCAUCGACCUCAAUCAUCAAGCGAUAUUGCUGAAUACUCUGAAGUACAGAAAGUAUUAAAGGAAGAAAUUGUUAAUCCAUUAAGAGCCAAUCUUUAUGUUUCAGCUGAUCGAGUCAUGCAUUUGAGAACCUUGCUUGAAAAGUUGACUUCGGUUCGUGGCUUAACGUCUGAGGAAAAAGAUCCUGAAGAAUUUUUAAAUUUAUUAUUGAAUCAAAUCUUAAAAGCUGAUCCAUACCUUAAAUUGUCUUCAGGACUGGAAUCGUAUUUUUAUCAAUUGUUUGUUGAUAAGGAUGAAAAACUGGUUCUACCCACGGUUCAGCAACUUUUUGAUCAAUCAUUCUUGGCUUCUGAUUUCAAAUUGCGAGAAAUUCCUCCUUGUCUUCUGUUACAAAUGCCCAGAUUCGGACGACAAUUCAAAAUGUAUCCUCGAAUCGUACCUAGUCUUUAUUUAGAUAUUUCUGAUGUUCUCGACAAUUCUCCUCGUCAAUGUUCCAUUUGUGGUGAACUGGCUGAAUUCGAAUGUAAAGAAUGUUUUGGACAAUUUGGCGAAGGACUUGAUUCGACUGCUUUCUGUCAAAAGUGUCUGGAUAAAAGUCAUGCUCACAAGAAAAGGGCUAAACACAAGACAACCAAACUAAACAUUCCAACUGAAUUUAGUAUACUUAAAGAUCAUAUUCAAGUUCAAAGAAUUUACAUGGAAUUAUUUGCAGUUCUUUGUAUAGAAACCAGCCAUUAUGUUGCUUUCGUUAAAUGUGGAUCUGGUCCCGACGCUCCAUGGUGUUUUUUUGAUAGCAUGGCUGAUAGAAACGGUGAACAAGAUGGUUAUAAUAUUCCUGAAGUAACUCUGUUUCAAAAUUUACGUUGGUGGUUAUCAGAUGAAGGAACAGCUCUUUUAUUAACCACCAAAGAUGAUAAAUUACUGCCUGAAAUGACUCGACGAUUACUCUGUGAUGCUUACAUGUGUAUGUAUCAAAGCCCGGAUUUGAUGAUGUACAGAUGAUGACGUUAUUUGGAAGGAAA